UCGCUGAGCAUCUCUGAGAAAACUCUGGUCGCUAUAAAUAAACAACAAAACCCGAAAACGCAUGAUGCUCUUCUCUCUCUCUCUCUCUCUAAGAGGGCACAAGUGCACACAGUCGCUCUCUUUCUCUCCUUCUGCCGAAUUUGCUUUCUCUUUGGCUUUUUUCCCUCAGCAAUGUAGCUUCCCGACAAAAAUCUGUUGCGUAAUGGCCAAGUGUCACCGGAAUAACAUCGGAUCUUUAAUCCUUGAUCACUCCCCCUCCGCUAAUGCAUCCGCCGGCGGUCAUUUCCGACUAUGGUCCGCCUUCUCCACUGCUGCAUUCCGCCGUAAAAUCUUUGAUGCUGUCAGCUGUGGUGGUAGCUCCCGCUACCGCCACCAUGAGGACGACUUUUCUUCCACCACAACAUCCAGCUCUGCUACGACAACCAUUAGUGCGAGUUUCACUGCGAAGUCCGAUGACAAUAAUGUGAGUGAGAAAAAGGAAGGGAGAGCGAGAAAUGGAAAGUCGGAGAAGUUGUCGGAUCUGUUGAGUAUUGCAGAGGCGGAGAAUGAAAUCGAGACGAAGAAGAAAGUCGAGGAGUUGGAGGAGCUGAAACGAGUAGUGAAGGAAUUUCAGGUUGAGAGCGAAACGAAGAGCAAAGAAGCUGCUUGUCGUGUAAGGUUACUUUCUAAGGAAGACUCGGAAGCAAGAGUCACUCUCGCUAUGUUAGGAGCCAUCCCUCCUCUAGUUGGAAUGCUUGAUGUGGAAGAUGUCGAGUCUCAGAUCGCUUCUCUAUAUGCCUUGCUCAAUCUUGGGAUCGGCAAUGAUGCGAACAAAGCUGCAAUUGUUAAAGCAGGGGCUGUUCACAAAAUGCUGAAGAUCAUAGAAUCUCCAAGUCCUCCUAACCCAUUUGUAUCUGAAGCGAUAGUGGCAAAUUUCCUUGGCUUGAGCGCAUUUGAUUCAAACAAACCCAUUAUAGGUUCUUCAGGUGCAAUCCCCUUCUUGGUAGAUGCACUUGAGGAUUUGGACCAUAAAAGUAGCCUUCAAGCGAAGCAAGAUGCUCUUAGAGCUCUGUACAAUCUUUCAAUAUUCUCAUCCAAUGUUUCAUUUAUUUUGGAAACAAAUUUGAUCCCAUUUCUUAUGAAUAGGCUGGGGGACAUGGAAGUUAGUGAAAGAAUUCUUUCAAUUUUGAGCAAUGUGGCAUCGACUCCAGAAGGUAGAAAGGCCAUUAGCAUAAUGCCAGAUGCUUUCCCUAUUUUGAUAGAUGUUUUGAAUUGGACCGACUCACCUGUAUGCCAAGAGAAAGCAUCUUACAUAUUGAUGGUGAUGGCACACAAAGCCUAUGGGGAUAGACAGGCCAUGAUUGAGGCAGGAAUUGUAUCAUCAUUGCUUGAGUUAACGCUUUUGGGUAGCACAUUAGCGCAGAAAAGGGCUUCAAGGAUCCUGGAAUUUUUGAGAAUAGACAAGGGGAAGCAAGUUUCAGAGAAUUAUGGUGGGAAUUUGGGUGCAGCAGUGUCUGCUCCUAUUUGUGGAUCUUCAUCAUCUUCCACCAACCCAAAUGGGGUUUCAAAGGAGUCUUUGGAGGAGGCAGAUGAUAUGAUGAGCGAGGAAAAGAAAGCAGUGAAACAAUUAGUCCAACAGAGCUUGCAGAACAAUAUGAGGAAAAUUGUCAAGAGGGCCAAUUUGCCGCAAGAUUUUGUUCCAUCAGAACAUUUUAAGUCCCUCACAUCAAGUUCAACAUCCAAGAGUUUACCGUUUUGAUAGGUUGGAAGAGUGGAAGAAGAAUCUAAGAUGAGCUGUAUGCUUAUAAAAUUUAUGCACCUUUCUCCCCGCAAGCUAUAUUUUUUUUAAGUGAUGUUAGGUGGUGGCGUAUGAUCAUUUUGUAAUCUUUUAAGCUUAUCAUUCAUUUCCCUGUUACCUCUUGUUUUUUUCUCUUAGUUCAUUUUUACAUUUCCUGAUGUAAAUAUUCUGUAAUAUAAUUCUCAUUCUUGCAA